AGCCCGCCAGCCGUCCACUUUGGCAGACGGCGAGAAAAAGCGCCGAGGGAGCUGCUUCGAUGCGCUGCUGCGCUCCGGGCGCCGUGUAAAUUUGAUGCCCCACAACUGGCAUCGUAGUGCAGGGCAGCAUGUCCGAAUCCUACGAUUAUCUGUUCAAGUUCCUGGUGAUUGGCAGUGCAGGGACGGGCAAGUCAUGCCUGCUUCACCAGUUCAUUGAAAACAAGUUCAAAGCCGAGUCCAACCACACCAUCGGCGUCGAGUUUGGCUCCAAGGUGGUGAAUGUCGGCGGCCGGUCCGUCAAGCUGCAGAUUUGGGACACUGCUGGCCAGGAACGAUUCAGGUCUGUGACCAGGAGCUACUACCGAGGAGCCGCAGGUGCCUUGCUGGUGUACGACAUCACGAGCCGAGAGACGUACAAUGCCCUGACGAACUGGCUGACGGAUGCGCGCACUCUGGCAAGCCCCAACAUCGUCAUUCUGCUUGUGGGAAACAAGAAGGACCUGGAGGACGACCGUGAGGUCACCUUUCUCGAGGCGAGCCGGUUCGCCCAGGAGAAUGAGCUUAUGUUCCUGGAGACCAGUGCCCUGACGGGCGAAAACGUGGAGGAGGCGUUUCUCAAGUGUGCAAAGACAAUACUGGCCAAGAUCGAGUCUGGUGAGUUGGACCCAGAGCGCAUUGGAUCGGGGAUUCAGUACGGCGAGGCGACGUUGCGCAAGCUGAACCGCUCGCAGCAGCAGAGACGCCCAGGCGCCGAGUGCUCCUGCUGAUGUCGAGACGCGAGACUCUUUUUCUUCCGCGGUGCCCGCCAGCGCCCCCACUUCUUGGCACGAGGGGGAGUGCACGCUCGUCACGGCAAAGCCCUCUGGAAGACGAAGGCCGCAACGAGCAGUCUCUGCAGCACUCGCCCCGCGUCAUUCUUGUUUGCCAAUUCUCAAGUGUUUCCACUUCUGUCUACCCUGCCUUUUUUUUUUUUAUCCCCUCUUGUCGUUCUCAUGUUCUUGAUUACGAACUGUCUUCCUCACCUUGCUCUGUUCUAGUGUCUUCUUGCUUUUAAUUAAGCCGCCAAGGAAUUGGAACCACUUGGAACCAACCACUGCAGUGGUAAACAUUAUGCCGACAAGAUGAGGAAUUUCCUUUUUCUUUAUAUAUAGACAGUCUGUUCGUAACUCCCGGGUGACUUGUCUGUCGUUCAUUUUAAGUUUGUCUUUGGCCGCAUCUACACAUUUAGAAGGCUUACUGGACGGAAUCUGUGUUCGGUUUAUUUUGUCUGGUCGAGGCACUUGGUCUCAAUUCCAGCUGAACCCAACGACGGUGUGGUUCGUCAAUGUGGGGUGUGAAGCACAGCAAACCACAGACUUUGAAGGGAAGCUUGAUUUAAGUGCUACUUGUUUAGAACCUCAUCAUUCAUGCCUUCUUUUAUUCUUCGUGUAAUCAAGUGUAGAUUAGGAGAUAUGUCUUUCGUGGCCAUUUUUAUGAGUUGCACAGUCCACAUACCAUGGCUAAGGGACUUCUUUUUUUUUUUGUCUGUAAAAUGCAAAGGGCGUUUUUUUUUUUUCAUAAUUUGUGGCAGUCGUGUCGUUGUGCCUACGGUGUGGUAGUACUAGCUGUUUUUGGGCUCGGUUUUCUCAGGGGUUGACAGGUGUGAAAGCCCGUGGCUUUUGCGGUGUCGGUCGAGGUGCCAUCCUGUCUGGCAUGUCGUCGUUACCUGGAUUGUUUCUUUUAUGGGCAAAUCCUGUGUCGAGAUCUGCGAGACCUAUGCUUCGUUGACUUGUCCGAAGUCGGGAAGAGGCCGUUUAGUUCUCCGCAGCUCUGUCCGCUCGGAAGCGCUCGUGCAAAGUCUCGCAUCGCCCUGCGAGAGGACAUUGUUGAAGCUUUGUUGAGAGCAACAUAUCACCGGAUUCGAAGAAGAGAUCCUCUCGGUCCCGCAGAUGAUGGGGCGGAUUGUCAGGUCGAGUUCGCCCGGCAGCAAUUUCGCGCUCGCCACGGUCCGUUUUCGCAAGUCAAGCGACGGUCACUGUGUGGGGAUGGGCAGAGCGUGUUGCGGUGUGUUUUUUGGAGGUUGCUGAUAAAUGGGGGGUACGAGAGGCUUUGUUGGACGGGAGCGAUCAAAAACGACAUCGAGUGGCACAUGGAAGACCGAAAUCGAGAAAGCUUUCCAUGUCUUAAACACCACUGGUGCUUUUCGUCGGAGAAAAGAGAUUUCAGUGUAAUCUUUGGAAGUGGACGGCUAGCAGUUAGUUCCCACAGCCUAUGUUUGUCUAGUCAGAUAGUCCCUCUUUUCUUUCGUCUUGUUCCACUAAGUGCAAUUGUCGUUGGUCGUAGCGCGUCAGAGCUUGUCCCCUCGCUGCUGCUAAUAAACGAGACGCUGUGACAAAGCAUUUUUUUUUUUUUUGUAUUCCUUUGUGCAUUUUGUUGGAACAUGUGAAUCUGUUUGUGGCUUCUAAAUGUUCCAUAUUUAUUUUACAAUGUCGAUCUGUUUGUGCGUCUAUGCUAUUCUUUUUUUAAUUGAGCCUCCUCUUCUACUCCUGCGAGGAUGGACCUUUUUUAUUUUUUGUAUGAAGGCACAUGUAUCGCGGGAGAGUUUAAUUAAUCUAGGAGGCAGAGUGUAACAUUGGGCAAGUUUAUGCAUAGCUUAACGAAAGACUUGUGGCACAAAAUGAACAAGGGAAAAAAGAGGGAAGACAGGAUAGGGCACCAUAUCCUGUCUUUUCUUUUUUUUUUUCUUUGUUCUGUUUGUGCCACAAUUAUUUCGUUAAUCUGGAAGGCACCCUCAUUUUGUCCUUGUUUGUUUUCGAGUUUUGAGCGUUAUGCAAACGUUUUCCACCGCUUGUCCUGGCUGGAGCGGCGGUUGAGUGAAUCUCGCUCGCCUGUAUUAUCGGUGGUUUCUUCUUUUUUUUCCAACAUUCCACUUGACUGAAGUGCGGGUACAUCCUUUGGUUUUCUUACUUGGUUGCCAAGGGAGACGAGGGGACCGAGCGCGAGCAGAGUAAUGAGUGCAAUAAUGUAGCCGCUUGCUUUCGGAUGUGUUAGUCUGUGUGUGCCGGGUGUGUUGCCCAGCGAGAGCUCGUAUUUUCCGUUCAGAGAAAGACGGGUUUGGGAGUCUGGGGGAAACGUUGCCUUGGAGUUUUAGGAGCUCACUGUCUUUAGCGUAGUUACCAGAUCGUAGUGUUUGUAAGGGAAGUGCAAAAUUUAAGGGGAGAGGAAGAAAAGAAACGUUGUCGCAGUUAUUUCGGUGACGUGCAUGCUCGUUUACAUAGUCGACGCUUCUGUCCAUUCAAAUUGGCUGGAAAAGCUUCUGCAGCCGAUGCAGCAUCGUGAAGGCUCCUGCAUGGCUGUUAAUCAUUCCAUUGGCAAAUUUAGCUUCCUACCUAAGUGACGUCUUCAACUGGAGUUGCGACAUUAGUCUAAGUGGCCGCUAUUUGGCUGUGCAUCAAAGAAACUUCUUAAGUCUUCUGUCACAGGCUUGUAAAGCUAUGUAAAGCCUGUUUAGUUGACAAUGGAGCUCAAGGUCUUGGUUUUAUAAUUAGAGACAGGUUAUAAAAGUCUUAAUAAAGCCAAAUACACCGCCUGCCCAUAUUGGCGAGUUUGGGACAUUUGUUAAGGGCAGAGGCUUUUGUAUGGAAUAUGUGGUCACCGUUUCGGUGUUUAAUUACAGCAGGAGUGCUUUGCCAUAGCCUACCAUUUCACAGGCAGCUGGGCCCACCCUUUGUCGUAUUGUAAACAAUCUGUCUACCGAACAGAUGCGGAAAACUAUAUGUUACCACUCCUGCCCCCUUAGGUAUUUGCACUGAUGGCCCCUUUCUGACGGGGGAAGAUUCUUGCAUCUUUAGUGGGCUGGGGGUCAUACGAGUCUGUGUUGGUCGCUGAACGCUGCGUCCGCAAAAGCCUUCACGGUGUCUGCACGUGCUACAUUGUCCCUGUUAAUUUCGUUCUUAGAGCAUUUGCUUAGCAUUUUAAAAAAAAGUGCGAGUCACUCCCACCCCCCCUGCACAUACACACGUGUUGCAUUUACACAUUGCCAAGCACAUGUUUUAAACGGGGUGUCUCUAACCAAUGUACUAUAACCUCUGCACAACAAGUUUGGUUGUGAUCGAUAGUGUGCCUCCUAACUGUGAUUUUGUUUUUGUCUCGUGUAAACUGCAGUGUCACGUUACUUCUCUCUUUUCAUUUUUUUUUUGUAUUCAAGUUCAUGUACCGUCAAAUGACAUUUUGACAGAUGUGCUCUUUUGGUGUUACGUUCUCGGUACUUGGGUACAAGAAGCAGUCAUUGUUAAGGCUACCAGUGUUAUUUUUUAGCCUCUCGUCACCACGCAUACACACAUUAAUAUAUACAUACUAUAUAUACAACAAGACAUUGAAUAUAUAUAAGUAGCAGCUGACACUAUGUAUAUAAGAUUUAUCUUUUAAUAAAAUGAUCCAGCAGUUCAGAA